UAGUGUUGUAUGGCGAGGUGCUGAAGGCCUGCAUCAUUUGACUCGCCCUGCCGCGCCCACCAGGUCAAUGCAUCGGUAGGGGUGUUGAGAUAUGAGUAGCUGGACAGCGACCCAAUCAAAGCCAGGUAGCAAGGUGUAGCUUGACCAGGUUCGCUUCUGCACGCGGCUGUGGUGUUAUCUGCGCCACGGCACUGCCCCCACUUGCUUGAUGCAGUCAGCUGCCAUGCGCCUCGAAGUUGCUGCCUAAACAUCUUCGAGUACAAAAGCUUAGUUUCUCCACGAUAUCCCCACGUAUCCUUUCGCCAUGCAAACGUCGUCUUACCAAUACCGACCGCUGCAACACAGCAACUCGAUUCGUAUCCUUGUACUGCAUCCAAGUCCAAAUGAAUCAGACCCAAUCGAAUGUACCAUAUGUCACGAGGACCUCGCCAAUGGAUUCCUUUGUUACGAAGCAGUGUCCUAUACCUGGGGGAGUAGUGGCCCAACGCAUACGAUUCGCUGCAAUGAUGCCAAAGAGAGUCUAUCUGUUGGGAGGAAUUGCCAUGCUGCGCUACGUCGCUUGCGGCUUCUGAGAAAAUGUCGCAAAGUCUGGAUCGAUGCUGUUUGUAUCAACCAGGAGGAUCUUUUGGAGCGAGGCCAUCAAGUCCGCAUGAUGAAAGAAGUUUACGACGGUGCAUCGGGUGUCAUAAUUAUGCUUAACGAUGUGGUUCCAGAAUGUCGCCUUUUACUGGACGAAUUAGCGGAAGUGGACGAGAUUAUUGACACUAUGGGGGCAGUUUAUGAUCGAGUCUCGCCCAGUGAAGCCAUCGUCCGGCAACUCGAGACUUUACUUGAAGAUCCAUGGUUUGAAAGAACUUGGGUCCUCCAGGAAAUACAUGAGAAACUCAAUGUAUGUAUAAUGUAUGGUUCUGCCGUCAUACAGCUCGAUGCCUUAGAAAGCCUAUACUUUGGCCACUCUAACACUCGUGUUACACGUACCCCUGGGCCUGCUCCCAUGAGAUUCAUGUCGGAAAAUCUGAACGAGUACGACACACCACAAUUUGAAUUGUGGAAUCGGCUAUACAUGAGUCGAAAGUGUCUGGCUACUGACCCUAGAGACAGGGUAUUCGCCUUGAAAUCUCUGCUUGGUUCUAGGCAAGCGGAAAUGGAUCAUUUGAUCGAUUAUGCGCAAAGUGUUGAAGAGUGCUUCAAACGAGUUGCGAAGUUCCUUCUGCCAGUGUUAGGUCUUCGCCUACUCGCCGCCACUCGCCACCCACAUGGAUGGGAUAUGGCUUCUUGGAUACCGGACUGGUCUCAGACGCUCCCUCUUCAAUUUAACGCUUUCUAUUACGAAACUUUCGGAAAUGAAGAGCCAGACGAUGUGUUCUCGCCCACUAAUAUUGAGAAUCAAGAGCGCGCCCUGCUAUCGUACUCGUACAACGAAUCUCACACCAGUCCUACACUGCACGUUGUUGGAUGUCAAUAUGCGCAGAUUGUUGAGUCUAGUCAAGUGUUCCGAUUCGUUAAUAUGGACGACGUGGAGAGGCAAACGCGUCAAAUAUACAACCAAUUCAACAAUCUUAGGCAACAUCUGAACGAGGAAAGCAAGAUUGAUGACAUCGAGACACCCGGUCACUUUAGUGGGAAGAUUUUCGAUGCAAUGGCCUCCAUGGAUGGCGGAGAUCUCGACAUGAACUUAGCACGCUUUGAUGGUUCCUCUGUUCAUUUUGGUAGCAUACGGAAAAUCUCGAUUCAGCAACAUUCGCCAAUCUUAUACGAAGCUCUUCAAGAGUGUAGCAUUGCCUUGAUGCAGAACGGUGAGCUUGCAAUCGUACCUGGGGCCGCACAAGAUGGCGAUGUGGUCUGCAUAGUUGCAGGUGCCACUGCACCUUGCGUUCUUAGGCAGUCUCGAGGUGGAUGUUGGAUGCUUGUUAGUGGUGACUGCCACAUAUUCGGGGAUGAAGACAGCAAUAUAGCGGCGUCAGAUGCGUACGUCGACUCGCACCGGAGUCAAGUCGAAAGGUUCGUUUUGCGAUAAUGAAAGUUUCGGUUGAGCAGUAUAGCAGCCUUGCGCGCGAGAAGCGUUGAACAAGAUGAAUUACACGAUGAAUCAAGCCAGGUUGAGCGCAUUACCAGCCUACGCCAGCCUCAUCCCA